AUGGGUGGAUGCAAAACUCUUGCUCCCCACAUAUUGGGAGGAUAUAGCGACUCGGAGGAGACAGUAGACACACAAGUACCAGAAGAACCAACAGAGCACACCCACGCUCCCGGAGUGAUGCCAGAAUGGUGGAAUUCUACCUCUCCUCUAUCAUCCCCACCAUCCUUACUCUGCUCCCCUACUCCAUCCCCUCCACCCACUGCAGUUCGAACACGCGGCAGCCGAUCACGCACGCCAGCACCAACACGCAACAGCAAGCCCCGGAAGUGUUUAUAUGUACCCAAGAAGAAAGACCACUUUGAACAUCCCCCAGAAGACACAACGUCGUCUUUCUACUGGCCUGAGGAUGCGGAAGGUGACACUGAAGCAGACACUGGAAACGACACUGAAGAAGAUACGGAAGACGCGAAAGAUGAUUCAGAAGGGCUAUCAUCGCCCGCGCCAUCAGCGUCAUCAGAAUUGGCUGAUGAGAAUCCGGAAUCACCCCCUACAUCUCCAAUCGUCAAAACCCCGACACCUAAAAAGGACAAGAAAGGGAAAAAGGACAAGGCAUCGCCGGUAAAGUCCAAGCCAGCACACAAAACCACGGUAGGCGGCAGGGUCAAGAAGAAUAAGACACCGCUAGUAAAGUGCAAGGCAACAUAUAAGACCCCAAGACAACUCAGGCGCGAGAAAGCGAACACUAUAGAGAAAGUGCAGUGCAAUGGUCGGACGAAGAAGAACGCCCAGUGCGGGCACCAGAAAACUGUGCCAAAGGGUGAGACGUGGAACUGCGGUCGCCACAAAUAA